UUCAGAUUGAGAUAAAAAUGAUUCAAAUCAGUUAAGAGUUUACAAAAGUUGGAGUUCACCCUUGGACUCGGGUUACGGUAGAAAAAUGGCUCAGGACCUGUGAGACUCAACCGGUCGAGACUCAAUCGUCUUUUCUUGUGUUACGACGAUUGGUCAGCGAGACAAUUGGCCGGGAGACAAUUGGACAUUGGGAAAUUAGACAGUUAAUGUGUCGUAACAAAUGUUAACAAUAGGAUCGUCAUUUAGUGAUUUACACGAAAAUGUUUAUGAUGCCACAUGUAGUAAAAACAUUUGUUGUGCAGUACAAAAUGAGGAAAACGAAACAAUUUUUCGAUUGUGCUCUUUGGACACAUCAAUUCCAGAUUUAAUUUUUCGUUCUCGGAGACGAAAUCAAAUUCGUUCCAUUUGUUUUUCAUCUGAUUUUAAUGCAGCUAUUGUUCAACAGGAUGAUGCCAUAUUGGAUUUUUUAAUUUUGACCAAUGGCAAUGUCUCUGCCGAAUUUCAACAACCACCCAAAUUCUUUAAAGAUGCCUCAUUUAUUAUUGGCUUUAAUUGGUUAGCAGAUAGGCAAUUAGCAAUAAUAACAUAUGCUGGUGUUGAAUUUUGUUCAUUAAAUGUACAUAGAAAGUCUUUGAAAUUACUCAAAAGUUUUGCCCAUUCAACUAGCUGGUUUAUUUGUUUUCCUGAUUCUAAACUAUUUUUAUUCGCUUGUGGUGCUGCCACCAAUUUUUUGCAUUUAAUUAGUUUCCAAAAUAAUACAAUUUCAAAUAUUGGAUCAAUUAAUGUUGAUUUUGGGUAUUCGGCGUUUAAACCAAGACUUUUGGAGAGAGAUGUUUGCAUUUCAUCCAUUUAUGGACAUAUUUGUAUUUUAAUAUUAAAAUUCGAUUCUUCUAAUGGAUUUGCUACAGGUCUAAAUAUUUUUGAAUUUCCUGAUGAAAAACAACCUUUCUCAUCUUUACCAAUAUUUAAAUAUUUAAUUAAAUUUGAAUUAUUUGGAUUAGUUGGUGUUCAAAUUGUUGACAAUCUGAUUCUAAUUCAUCAUAAGAAUGUUCACAAAACUUUAAUUUUUGAUAUUAAAAUGAACACUAAUCAAUUUAUUUAUUGCUCUUCUUUACAAAUUAAUGAAAAUCUUGUCAAAUGUUUAAAAGAACGAAAGGACAAAAUUGAGAAUAUUUCUAACGAAAAUAAUUCUAUUAAUUCAUUUUUGUAUAAUUCUGCUUGGAAAAUGAUUCAAAAUAAAGGUUUUAUAAUUGAUAUGCAAUUUGGAAUUUUUACUCAAAUUAAAUUAAAUUUGAAUAAGGCGGAAAAUAUUAUCCAAUUUUUGAUUAAUAGAAGCAAUUCUGAAUCUGUUUUACUCGAUUUAUUAAAACGUAUAAUUCUCAAAAAAGAAAUUAAUUUUGGCAAAGUUACUCAAAUUAUAAGAAAAAUUCUUUAUAAUCCAGAAAUAAAUAAUGAAAACAACAGUUCUCCACAGAAAGGAAAAUCUUCUUUAAUAUUUAAUUAUACUCCAAAUUUGGUUAGUCACAAUAGUAUUUUACGUUGUAUUUUUGAGCCACUUUAUCAACAUCCAGAAGUAGAUAAAAAAUAUUUGGCUAAUUUAAUGAUUGAUUUCUUUUUAAUUUUAAAACAACGAAAAAUACAAAUUCAAAAUCAUUAUUUACCUGAAUUAUUACUUAAAAUUGUGGCUGAUGCUAAAAUGUGGACUUGUUUACAACAAUUACUUCAAUAUAGAGUUAUUGAUGAUUCGAAAUUUUUGGCUUUUGAACUUAUUUCUUUAUCCGAUGAAUGCCCAUCACUUUAUCAAAUAGCUUUGGAUAUGUUUAAUCGUCGUGGUAAUACUGACCAAAUUUCUGAAGCACUUCUUUGUCGAGGCCAUGUUAUUGAUGCUCUUCGUUUUACAACAGCAAAUGGAGGAGGAGGAUUUAAAGAAGGUGGAACAACAAUAUGCAAUGAAGGAAGUGGAAGUCAACGAUUAGAUAAAAUUUGUCUUAAAUUAUUAAAUUCUGCAUGGAUUUGUCCAAAUGAUCGUCCUCUUCGUUAUACUAUUUAUUCUUAUUUACAAACUAAUGGAAAACUUAAAUCUUUGGCUGAAUCUGAUGAUGCAGAUUUUGAACGUUUUUCACGUGAUUUCCACUCAUUGUAUAGUUCUGAAGAAUUAAAAGAAGCAGAAACAAGUUUCCGACUUGCUCGACUUUCUUCAAUACGUGGACGGAAUCGACGGGAUUCACAACGAGAAGAAUCUUUUUGUUCAGCCAAUAGUGGAGAUGCUGACAUUUUGGAAUAA